GCCUCGAUCUGGCGACGGAACUGGGCACGCGUGGGCGACUUUGGGAGGUUCCAGGUCCCCAUCAUCCUUGUGGAGAGAUGCUUUCCGAGUCAGAGGAGACGGUGCCUUUGGGAGCGGCUCAGGAGUCACCUCAGCCCAAGAAGGAGCCUGAAGAGCCACACCCCGAGGGGACAUCCCAGGAGGAAGGGGCUCGCAGCACUCGGAAGUGGCCGCCCCUGAAGCGUGGCUCCAGGGAGAAGAGCCUCCUGUCUGGCAGAGCCCGCUCCUCCUCACAGGCCCCGGCCCUUUCCCGGGAGGGGAGAACCCGAGACCGCCAGAUGGCUGCAGCGCUCCUCACUGCCUGGUCCCAGAUGCCGGUGACCUUUGAGGAUGUGGCUUUGUAUCUCUCCCAGGAGGAGUGGGGCCGCCUGGACCACGAGCAGCGGCGCAUGUACAGAGACGCCCUGCAGAAGAGGAGCAGGCGCGGCUUUCCCAUCAGCAGGUCUCUCUGGGCCUCCCAAGGGCAGCGGAAGGGCGAGGCCUCGAGCUCCGGCCAGCAGAGAGGAGAUGAGGAGAAGGCGACCACGUGCACAGAAGCCAUGGAGGUGGACAAGGAGGCCUCAGCUGAGGCCUCCGUCGACCUUGAGGACGUGAAGCCCUUCAGAUCCAGGGCUGGCAAAGCCCUGGAGGGUGCCCUGAAGUCUGGGCAGGCCACAGCCAGCAGCCUGGGCUCAGGGCAGGCCGAGGACGAAGGGCAGCCUGAGCCUGAGGGGCAGGCAAAGUCCACCUCACCAGCCACCAGCUUCCCAGAGACGAGGGAACGCAGCGUGGCCGAGCAGCUCAGUGAGGAGAGAGGCUCCCCCUCCCUCCCUGAGAACAGCGAAGGCGAGGUGCUCACCACCGUCGUUGGGGAAGGUGAGGAGGCACCGCAGGGCUCGCUUGGGGACCACCUGGAGGAGAAGCGUCUGGAGGAGGAGAGCAAGCCAGCGCCCCCUCCCAGGAGCAAUGCCAAGAAGAUCCACAAGUGCGACCAGUGCGGCAAGAUCUUCAGCAACCGCUCCAACCUCAACGCCCACCGGCGCAUCCACACGGGCGAGAAGCCCUACGGUUGCUCCGAGUGCGGCAAGUGCUUCAGCCACAGCUCCCACCUCACCUCCCACCAGCGGAUGCACCUGGGCAUCCGGCCCUACUCCUGCCUGCUCUGCGGCAAGAGCUUCACCCGCAACUCCACGCUCAUCCAGCACGAGCGCAUCCACACCGGCGAGAAGCCCUUCGUGUGCGACCAGUGCGCCAAGCCCUUUGCCCGCCGCUCGGACCUGGUGGCCCACCAGAGCGUCCACACGGGCAUCAAGCCCUACAAGUGCCCCUUCUGCAGCAAGUGCUUCACGCAAAACUCGGCCCUGGUCACCCACCAGCGCAUCCACACGGGCAUCAUGCCCUACCCCUGCCCCGAGUGCGGCAAGGGUUUCAGCCAUCCCUCCAACCUCCUGGCUCACAUCCGCAUCCACACCGGCGAGAAGCCCUUCCACUGCCACUGCGGCAAGAACUUCAACCACAGCUCCCACCUCAGUGCCCACCAGCGCACCCACCACGGUGUCCGGCCCUUCUCCUGCCUCAUUUGUGGCAAGAGCUUCAGCCGCCGCUCCAACCUGCACCAGCACGAGAAAACCCACGGCACGGGGGCAGGGGCGCUGGCGGCAUCCCCAGCUUCAGCAGCCAAGGAGGCUGAGAAAGGGAGCCAGGGUACCGAGGAAGAGCCAGAGCAGAAGGAGCAAGGAGGGCCUGGGGAGGGCGGCGGGAAGGCAGCAGGCCUGGCAUCCAAGGUGAAAACCAAGGUGGAGCCAGGGCUGGAGGAGCCAGAGGAGGAGGAGCUGGGGCUAGAGGAGCACACCCCUUAGCUCAAAUUAAAGGCCUUAGCAUAGAAGAGGCGGCCUACAGUUCUGUCUCAGGGGCCCUCUGGGGAUGUGGAGCAUGAGACCCUCUUGGCCAUUGCUUGCAGGGUAGCAUGCUCCCCUCCAGCCUUGAGACCCUUCUGAGGCCCCUUCCAGAGGCAUCUAUGCAUACAGGCUUCCAAACAGAAGCCAGCCCAUCCCUGCCAGGGCAGGAAUUGGGGACCCGGGAAGGGCCCUGCCGGCACCCACAACCCUCGCCCUGGAAGCAGUGCAUCGAGCCCAGGCCUUCACUUGGCUUGGCUUCUUGGAGGAGAGAUCAUCUUGGAAAUGUUCCUAUUCCAAGUUAACCUGCUCUCUGCCUGCCUUGUUCUGGGGACCCCUUGGUGUAAGUGGCAUUGUCCAUCUGCAUCCACUCUGACUCGGCCACCUCCUGUGAGGAGUCUGCAUUUCCCAGGGUCACUGUCCCUGCUGGUCCAUCCUGGGCAGCUGUGAGCUUCCUCCACCACUUCUCUGCCUCAUCCCACAUGUCCUCUGUCAUUUGCUUACCUGCCCCAGCCUGGCUCCGUCACUUCCCAGUAGUCCCUUGGGUUCCCACCGCCGCAGCUUGUAUCCCCUUCUCUAACUUUGUACGUGUGCAGGGUGCAUUCAGCUCGGACACCAACUGACCUGGAGAAAAACCUGUACCAGGGAAGCCACUGCGGCCCCACCUGUCCCAGGGCCACUGAGUCCUAAGGCCUGAGGAUUAGCCAGAACCCUGUUUGCUCGCACUUCUUACUGGCACCGUAGCUUGAAGAGGGCACGGCCGACAAUAGUACUAACAACUGCCAGCUGUAGAUUGAGUUGCUCAGUGGCAGGUAUAGGGCCAAGAACCGCCCGUGGGUUGCCCCUGGUGUCCACACAGCUGUGAUCUGUGUGGUUUAUCAUCCCGACUCUGUAGAUAAAACAGGUGAGUAAGCCAGCCAAGACCCCACCCCAACCCCAAGUCAUUCACUUGGAGCGCUGGAAGCUGACAUUUGCUCCAGGUCUGCUGUUUAGUCCUGGAGGAACGUGUGGACUACUGGUGCCUGGGCUCCGGGACAUCCAGCUCCUUGCUGUUCAAUAAAAUGUGUUCUUGCAGGCAAA